AUGAGAGAUUAAGAAAAAUCACGCAGUAAACAAAAUAGUUCCACACUAAAUAAAAACGAGUCAAAAGACUCCUUCAAGAACUAGGAUCUCUAGGAAGUUUAUGAAAGUCCAGAUAAAAAAAGCAAGCAGUAGGCUAAAAAGCCAAAACUUCCUAAACCGAAAAGAGAGAACUCUGAACAAAUCAAGCUAGAUAGGACUUAGCUUAGUAGUAACGAUGAUCAAAUUAAAAUCAACAUAAAGGCCCACCCAAUUGAUUACAAUUUCUUUCCAAAGACCUGGAUCUUGCCAAAAGACAUGAGUAAGUUAAAAGCCUAUUAUCAGAGCAAAGAGGAAAAUAUGCCUUAUUUAAUUUGCAAGCCUGAUUGCUUGAGUCAAGGCAGGGGAAUUUUUAUGACUAAUAAACUUGAAGACAUUAAUAAUCAUUUCUCUCAUCAAGAUCCAGAGAAGAAGCAAAUACUUAUUGCCUAAAAAUAUGUAAAGAAACCAUACCUGAUUGACAAUUUAAAAUUUGAUUUGCGAAUAUAUGUGCUUGUGACUUGCUGUAAUCCGCUAAAAAUAUUCCUGUAUGAAGAAGGACUCGCAAGGUUUGCAACAUUUGAAUAUACUCUAGACUAAAUUGACAAUACAUUCAUACAUCUGACUAAUUAUGCUAUUAACAAGAACAGUGAGAAUUAUGUAGAAAAUGAGGAUGUUGAUGCCCAGAGUGGGACUAAAAGAAGUUUAAAAAGUGUCUUCUAGAGACUUGAAAAAGAUGGGAUAGAUGUAAAACUACUACAAAGCAGAAUGAAAGAUAUAUUCAUCAAGACACUCCUUGCAGUUCAAUCUGACAUAUUGCAUAACUAUAGAAUGAGUUAGCCAUCUGAAAAAGAGUGUAGUCUAUGCUUUGAAAUUUUGGGAUUUGAUAUUCUUAUUGAUUCAAAUGGCAAACCUUGGUUGCUAGAAGUAAAUUAAGCACCAAGUUUUAAUACUGAUACUAAGCUAGACUAUAAAGUUAAAAAGGGUUUAAUCAUGGAUACUUUCAAGUUACUCAACAUUACCAAAGAAUCAAAAUAAAGAUUAAUAGACAGAAGUGAACUAGAAAAGAAAAUGAAAAUCAUGCCAAAAAAAGACUUGAAAAUUAUUUAAGAAAAGAAGGAAGUGCUGGAGUAAUAUUUUAUCUAGCAGAAAUUUCUAUAUGAGCAAGAGAAUAAAGGUGGGUUUGUGAAGAUCUAUCCUCUGCUUGAAAAUUACUUUUAAUAUAAUACCAAAGAAGAUUCGUUUAAUAAGAGAAAAGAUAGUGGGGACAGCUUUAGCAAUGAUAUAUAGGUUUAGUAGUAUUAUCAGGUAUUUUUGAAUACUUCAAACAUGUUUAUGUGUGAUACAGUAGUUCGUAAGAUCAAUGAAAAUCGCAGAAAGUACCCUCAAACUUAUAUGUUCAAACUCAAUAAUGAGGUAAAUACUAAUUCAACCGUUUAUCGAUUUACAAAUCAAUCUUAAACUAAUGAUUAUGUGUAGACUAACUAUCAAUUCAGUCAGGUACUAAAGAAAGAAAACUCUGAAAAGAGAUUGAAAGUUACUAACUACUAUGACUUACUUGACUUUAUCCUGCCAAGACAAGCAAAUGUCAUCACUUCAAACUAAUCUUCACAAGCUAUGCUCAAAGAUCAGUCUGAUUAAUAACAAAUUCAAUCAAAGUAAGUUUAGCAGAAAGAGAUUAAACUGCCAAUCAGAGUGGAACUUGAAAAUUAGCAAAGAAGAAGUCAAGAUUUAUACUACAUGCCAAACAUCAAGUAUAACACAAGAGAAUAAUUCAUUUAGAAAGAAGGAGGGCAAGUCUCAAUCUCCUAAAUCUAAAAUCUUAAGGAGAAGGGAAUGUAAAUUACUUAAAAUGCCUGGAUCCAAAAAAUGAAAAGACAACAAGCCAACAAGUCUCCCAAGAAUUUUGGCUUCUCAAGUAUAGCUUAAAAUAUGAGUGCUUAAUAAACAAGUCUUAACUUCAACAAUAUUUAGAAGCCAUUCUAGAUUUAAGUUAAUUAGUAGUUUGAACCUACUGAAUAGCUUCUAAUAAUCCAAUAAAACUAACCGUAAAGCUCUCAUAGGUAGUAGAGUUUCCUCAAGUAUAUUAGUUUAUCAGAGUAAAGUAAACAGCAAAAUGCUUAACUAGCCUCAUAAAAUAAAGAUACGCAACAGUAGCAAUCAUAGUAAUAACUGGUUAAGCAGAACUUAGAAGAAUCUGCAAAUAAAAACCCUAAUUAUCAGCCGGUGAACUUUCCUCAUAUUAUCACUAAGAACAUUCCAAUAUCGCCUUAGGCAACUACUAGUUUUGUGAGUCAAAUGCCAACUAUUUAGCCAUUGCAGGGUUUAUCUAUUACAUCACCUUAAAACUAGACCAUAAUUAACAUGAUACCCUAUGAAACCAGCGAGCUAUUCAAUCUGAGAAAAAGUGUGGUAGCAAACCACAUCCAUCAUGGUAAUAACAAGUUUGAGAAUCAGUCUGACUAUAUUGAUAACAACAUCUUCAGCUCUUAGCAUAUGCAAAGUUAGAUAAAGAAUCAGUUUAGAGCCACCAGAUUGGCUGAAUUCCAGAGUAAGGCUAAUAAUAAAAUAGAACAUACCACUAAUACCAAUACUAAUGGCAAUAAUUACAAUAAAUUCUUAAGAUUAUCAGAGAUUAGAAAGCAGGACAGCUUAGAUUUUAAGAAUAUUAAGGAAUCAUUUGAUGUUUCUAAAUACUCAAGGAGUAUAAUCAGAGAUGUUAUUGAUAAGAAUCCUCAAAGUAAUAGAGGUUUGAUAACAGAAAGAGAUAACUCUUAGAGCUAGAAAUUAUAAAUUACCAAUAUGAAUAAACUUAUCAGUUUUGACAACACUCAAUAAGACAUACCUCGAGUGAUAGAGUAGAAAGGACUUAAAAAGGAAUCAGGAGAAAGGACCACAAUGAUUCUUAAAAAUGCUUAAUUAGUAAAAUCUCACAAGGGCAAUAUAUAGAAUUACACAAGAAUAGUUCAAGAUCCAAGCAUUAUUUGA